AUGAGAUGGGGCGGUGCCCCCUACAACAUUAUGCAUUCACAGGAUGUGCCUCCUAAGCAUUCUAGGCACGAUGAAGGGGCAAAGAAAAAGUUCACCAAUGUAGAUAGCAAGAAAAGGAGUCCGCCUGAAGGAUGUCGCAAGUCUGCACGAGACAACACCUACCUCGUCUGCCUUGCAUGUAUAACGCCGAAUGAGGAACACCAUUCAGGGAACCAAAAACAUUUUCUAUCGGAGGGACGAUCAUUAUUAUCAUUUGGAACAGCAUAUGAUGGAAGUGGCGAUUCUCUGUGCAGUGAGAUUAGCGACUCCUCUGAUGGAAGUACUGAUUCGUUGCUGAGUGGAAGUACCGAUUCUCUGUUCAGCGGAAGCAUGGACUCUCUGCAGCGUGAUGUGAUCAGAGACAACCCCAACUUGAAACUAUACUACAGAAUAGCCAAUGAACAGAAGCUAAAGGAGGUGGUCUACUACAUAUCAAGAAGGAUAAAGAAAAACAGAAAUUAUAGAAAAAUUUUGGACAAGGCAAAAAAGAUAUGGAAAACUAAGCCGAUGAAAGUACUCAGAUUUGUAUUCCCCUUUUUGCCAGUGAUUGCCAUGAUAGUGGCGUCCAUUACCACGUUGUGCAUUGGACUCAAUGUGCAAGCUAUUUUGAUAGCCAUUUUCGCCCCCUAUGUUUACCCACUUAUUUUUAUAUCAUUAAGAAUGGACAAGUGA